UUUCUCUGUUUUUCUACACAGCAGAAGCUUUAAUUCAUCUAAAACGAGUUGUUUCAUUUGUUUAUCACCACAUUAAAGUCGACAAACAUCAGCAAAAUGUAACCAUUUGUUUUCAGCUGUUCCGAGGGUUUGACGUCACCUGAUCUACGUCACUCGUCUCACCUGUUGCUGUCGCUUCUUCUUCUUCACCUGCGAGCCGUCGCGCGCGCACACAGCCUCCGAGAAGCGCGCCCCCGGUUCACUGAGUAGCGCGCAUGUCAGGAGGAGGCGGAGACUCGAACGGAAACAACACCGGAGACUGACCGACAGUCGACGUAGAGACGGUACCGGAGCUCAGAAAAGUUGUGUUGAGUUUUCAUCUGUUCUGGGAUCAGCUGCACGUCAUUAGAAGAUACAAGAAGACGUUCACUGGUCAUGUCUCGGACUCCUCCGAUUGUCUCCGUCCUCCCCACUCGAGGUCUGGUGGACGAGAAGUUCAAGGUCCUUGUGGAGAAUCUGCCUCCAGGACGUCCGGUGACCGUUCGCUCCCUCCACCGCUCUGAGGAUGAUCACUACUGGGAGGCUUUCGGGUUCUACACGAGUGACCAUAGAGGAACCGUCAACGUAUCAAAAGAUCCGAGUGUUGGAGGCACGUACACUGGAAAAGAGCCAAUGGGUUUGUUGUGGAGCAUGUGUCCCGUCCCAGGCAGCCGCAAAGGCCUCAGGUUAAGAAAGCUGAACGUGUGCAGCCCCAUGCUGGUCAACAUCUCGGUCCACAGUGGACAUGAAGGCUUCAGGGAUCAAACUCCUCUGGCCUCGGUGCUGAUAGAGAGAUGGUACAUGGCUCCAGGUGUCAAGAGGAUUGAUGUCCGAGAGAGGGGACUGAAAGGGACUCUGUUUUUACCUCCAGGUCCAGGACCCUUCCCUGGGAUUCUGGACCUUUGGGGAGGUGGUGGAGGGCUGGUGGAGUAUCGCUCUGCUUUGCUGGCGUCUCACGGUUUCGCUACAAUGUCGCUGGACUAUUUGAGUUGCAGCCAAUCGGUAUUCACCUAUGGUGAGACUGCAUUUAAUUUCAUCAAGGACCAUCCUCAAGUGGUUGCAGACAGAAUUGGAGUUGUUGGGCUUUGCAUCGGCUCGCUUCUGGCACUCUACUUAGCAGCCGACAGCACUGUUGUCAAGCCUCGUUGUACUGUUUGCAUCAGCACCUACACCAUUUAUCCAACCGACAGGGUUCUCUCAGGGUCCUUUGAAGAACUUACCAUACUUUCUGACAAGAUAUCUGUGGACAAGAACAACAACGAGAUGUGGAGGGAUGUAGGUCUGGAAAUUAUGUCUGACUCAAGGAAAGUAAAUACGGGAAAAUUAACAACUCCACUGUUGCUGGUCUCCGGCUGUGAUGAUCAGAACUGGCCUUCAUUUGAGACGGCUGAAGAUAUAACUCAGACGAUGCGUGCAGCCGGGAAUGACCACCUGCUGAGCAGACUGGACUAUUCUGACACCGGACAUCUGAUCGAACCGCCUUUCUCACCUCAUUUCAGGUCGACUAAAUUUGUGACUAUAGAUAAAAGGAAAGUGAUGAUACUGUGGGGAGGUCUAACCAAACCUCACUCGGACGCUCAGGAGGAUUCCUGGAAGAAGAUCUUGAGUUUUCUGCAGCAGCAUCUGUGCAGCAGCCUCAACGCCAAGCUGUGAACGAUAAAAUGACCGUCACAAAUCUGACACACGAAGGAAAAUGUGAUGUUACCAACUGUUAACUUGGACCUUAAAUGUUUAGAAUUGCAGCCAUGAUUCUGUUUGAAGGACAUUUUACAACAAAUGUGGCUUUUUUAAAAAAUCAACUUAAGGAAGCUUUUCCUUUUUAAACAGUGUUAGUAACGCAGAAGGCUGCCAGUGUUUCAGUCACUGGAUGGGUCAAUGUAGGUACAAAGUCAUAAAAAAAUACUGAGCACAUGAUAACUUAACGUGAUAAAUUUAUGAGCAAAUACUUCCUAAUGUACUACAUAAACGUGAAUAUUCCCUGAGAUUAUAAAGUCAUAAAUUUGCAAGAAAAAACAUAAUUUUAAUUCUAGUCCUGAAAAGGAAACAGCGUUGUUCUUGCAGUUUGCUGAGAUUCACGUUAAAAUGUUUUUUCAGCAGUUAUGACGCUAACCACAAGUUUUUGUUCAUCACAAACUAGUGUGUUUUUUCUUGUAAAUAUAUCACUAUAUUCGAGAGAAUUUGUGAGGUAUUCUGUUGUAAAUCUGUUCCUCAAUCAAAGAAAAUUCACAAAUUUAUAAGUUAAAAACUCAACUGUCUGCAUCUGUGGUUUUAUGACGUUAAUUCAACUUAUGUUUUUCUGUGCUGACUUUUAGAGGCUUUCUUGUGAAGUUUUCAUUUUAAUCUCAAUGAAUACUGAAUUUUGUUUCUUUAUAGAUUUAUAUAAUUUUCUCAUCAAAUUACUACUCAAACCUGAAGCAAUAUUCAUUUUUUCAAUGGUGAAUUUAUGUCUUUAAUGGUAAAAAUCAUGAGUUUCUUCUCACAAUAUUACCUCCCUUUUGGCUGCCAAAAAACGCUUUCUCAUUUGACACUUCGAUCACGCCGCCAUAAUGUUUUUUCAAACUCUUUAAAAUUCACCCAAUACACACAGUGUUAGCUUCUGUAUUCAGCUAGCUAGUGAUCAUUAUCCUGACAGUAAAGCAGAGCCUUCAGAAGGUUCUUAAAACAGAAAGAGGUCAUGAACAUCAUUAAUUUGCAUUCACACAAACAUGCAGCUUAAAAUGUUAGUAAUGACUUUAUAUUAGAAACUUUUGCUCUAAAAAUGUGAUUCGACUUGUUAGCGUCAUCCAUUAGCAACAUAGAGCCAAAUCUGUUUGAAUUACCCUCAAAAUUCAAGAUACUGUAUCUCCCCACAAACACUGACUGCACCUGAUUCGAUGUUCCUGGAUUUCAAACCUGACAGACUUAGCUGGAAACUUUGUUGUCAACUAAAAUGUGUUCCUGAGUCUCUGCAGCGACUGAAUCUGUCUUCAUUUCAGGUCAACAACAGCUACUUGAUUAGUUUUGGAAGUUUUAAGAGACAGUGAGUGGUGCUGGACAGCCCUGGGGCCUCAUUUAUAAAGCUUGCGUAUGCACAAAACAGGGCUAGAAAGUGGCGUAAAUCACAACCUUUGCGUAGAAAGUGUUGUACGCUGUGUACAUUGUGAUUUCUACAAACAAACUUGGCGUGAGAAUGUGCGCACCGGUGCGCCAACUUUGAUGCUUGCUUACGCACAUUUUGGAGACAGAGGGAACGGCAGUGCCAGAGGGUGAAGUGGUGAAUUGAAACCAGAUUGAUCUCAAACCUUUAUUGUUAUCACAUAUUAGACUUGUAGAGCCGGAUAAACCCUCAUUGUUGUAGAUGUUCUUAUAGUGCGCCAUUCGGCCUACGACUGUAUUUGCAGAACUAUGUUCAUAUAUCAACAGGGGUGGAUUGAACGUUAUUUCCUUCGGUCGUUUGACCCAAGGGCUGGUCCACAUCUGGGCCGGUGCGCUACUCUUUAUUAAAUAAUUUUGUUUACUGAUCACCCAGUACCUGUAUAACUCAUUGGGUUAAGCAGGUGAUCCAUUUGCAGAGGCUGGUCUCUGAUGCAGUGGCCUGGGUUCGAUUCCUGCCUGCAGCCCUUUUAUGCAUGUCUUCUCCCCAUUUCCAGUCACUCUUCACUGCAACUAUCACAGUAAAAAGGCAAAAAAAAAGUAAAUAAUUUUGUUUAUUUAUCCAUAUGCAGCAGAAUGGGAUGAGCGUCCAACCAUUAAUCAGCCCUGUACAGGCACUCAGGCAUGCAGGCCCACAUGCGUCACACCACAACGCAAUAAUGCCAGCUGUUUUGGAUGACAUUAUAAACAUGACCAGCCAGUACAUCAGGCUUCCUUACACUGUGGGUGAACAGGCCAACAUUAAACGGCAAUUUGCAGUGAUGUCCGGUUUCCCAAAUGUAAUCGGCGCAACUGACUGCUGUAAGGGAUCCGAGUGAAGAUGAAUUUGUCUAUGUGAACUGAAAAAAAUGUACAUUCAAUCAGUGUACAAAUUAUUUGUACAUCGGACAUGAUCAUAACAAAUUUAGUGGCAGGGUGGCCUGGGUCAACACAUGAUUCAUUCAUCCUGACACACAGCAGUGAAAAGACUGCAGGCCGGCGCUGCGUAAAAUGCCGUGGAUCAGCAGCUUAUUUAUAUACAGAUACAUUCAUGAGUUACUUUGCAUUUCCCAUUCAUGGUAAAAUGUGGGUGUGUUGUGGGCGGGAUGUGAGGUGGAUCUACUUGCACAAUCUUCCAGCUGGUGUGUGAUUUAUAAAAGGGAAAUUGCGUGCAGCUGUGCUUACGCACAGUUUUAUAAAUCGGGGGCGAAGGGCAUAGCCCAUUUCAGAUUUUCGGCGUACGCAAACUUUUAGUAUGGAUCCUAUGCAAUGUUUUAUAAAUGAGGCCCCUGAUCUGCACAAAGUAGCCUGGACCUCAACUUUAUGCAAACAAGGAGUGACCAAAACACCCCAUCUCUUAAAACACCAUUCAAAACAUCACUACCAGAAUGCACUUCACAGCUGCUUGAAUGGCAAUGACUGGGGGCACCGAAAAGUUGUAAGAAAAAAAUGAAAGCUGCUACUGACCUCUCGCUUUUACAAAAUAUUUUUCAUUGUUUUCGUUUUGGCUCUUUAAUCCAAUAGGGAAGCUGUAUAUGACCUUUUCAUUUUGGACUGUUAACAUUCAAAUUAUGAUGGACUGGUUUCCUUGUUUAUGUGAAUUACAGCAUCAUCAGCUGCAGCCUCUGCCUGUAUGUAAAACUGGUAAGCUCAAUGACAGUAUCCUGAGGGCAAUUAAGUGGCAAAUGUUGUGCAAGAACAGCACUUUAUACAACCCUUUCAAUUUCCACUUCUUAGAAUGUUUACUGUCAAUUAUCACACCUAAAAUAAGAAAUAAUAUUCUGUACUUUUAGCAACUAGUUUUCAGCUGUAAACCAGAAACAUCAUAGGGUUCUGUAUGCUAAUCAGUCAAUCAAAAUGAGUACUACCCAAUACACAGUGAACAACAACAAUCUGUACCCUUGAUCUGUGGUAAAAUAAUCUGAAACGUUCUGUGCAGUAAUGUAAAUUUUAAAAUACAGUAAGUAGCACUCUAUACAUUUAAUAGUAAACAUGAUAACAAUACUAAACAGUAACAAUAUUCCACAUUCUUAAGUAAUUCAAUAGUGCACAGCUCAGCAAACAUCAUAGUGUUCUGCAUAGAAAUCACAAAAAGCUGCUCUCAAUAAUCUUUCACAGUGAGUAGAUGUUCUUGUGUUGCAGGUCCAUGGUUCAGACGUGACCAUCGAACAGGCCGGGGGGGUUUGGCACCGUGGACUUCCUAGAGGACCUCCUCUUUUAGCAUUCUUCAUAUGGGAUGGAAAUAAAGUAACGGUUUAGCACGUCCGUCAAAGGUCUGUAGGUGUAAAAGCAGGAAGCCCUCCACAAUGAGGAUGUGAGUCUCCUCCUCCUCCUUGUAGUUGGACUUCGGGACAAUUUCUGUGCCCAGGGUGUUAUUAAUACCAGGAGACGUCUUAAACUUCACUGGGUUCUCCAGCCACAUGUAGAUCCUGCUCAUCAUGGCAUCCAUGUCCAGAGCAGUGAUGAUAUCAUACUGCUUAAAGCCAUCUUCACCAACUUAAGUCUGAUCUUGGACUUGACGAAGUCAUCCUGGUGGACCACGCAGCAGUUGGGCAGGUUCUUGAUCAUGCGGUUGGUGAGGGUGGUUUUCCCUCCAUUGGUUAAGCUGCCGAUGCCGAUGAUGUACUUCAUGUUCUUGGAUUGGUCAAAGCUCGGAAAAAGGGUCAGAAAUGUCAAGAUAAACCAGGUUGGCAGCAAUCAGACGUGGAAGGAAGCUGAAAAAGAGAAGGUUGCAGCAGGAAACGUCAACUACUUGAGUCUUCCAUGGCACUUGAGUUUAGUGAGUAAAAAAGAGCAGAAAGGGAGCUGCCACUCAGACGCUGUUCUUCCACCCAGAGAGGACGUCUUUCUGCUGUCACUGCUACACAUACUCCCCUAUGUUGAGGUUUUAGGUGGAAUAUUUCUUUUAAGCAGCCCCUCAGGUCUCUUUGAGGAUUUUGGAUGGAAUACUCAGUUAAACCAACAUUUUAGGUGCAUGUCCAGGGAUUUUUGGUGGAAUGUUCCUUUAAGGUGGAUGUGUGAGGGCCUUGUAGGUGGAAUACUUCCUGAAACCAACCUUUUAGGUCAACAUUCAAAGAUUUAAGGUGGAAUAUUCCUUUAAACCAACCUAAAUUUCAUGUUUUUAUCAUUAUCAAGUGAGAAACUUCAAUCCAGACUCCUCAUAAUGACGUUUGAGAUUUCUGCUGCUGUUAUUUGUUUAGUCCAGACUAAAUGACAGAAAUCCACAACUGUAAUUUUAUUUCAGGACUUGGUUAUUAAAUGUCAAACAAUCCAUGUGACUGUAAAAACUCAACAGCUUUACAAACUCUAAGACUAAACUCUCCUCAAGGAUCCAAAAGAAGUUGGAGUUCUACAUGAGAGCUUUAAUUAUUCUUCAUCUACUUCCUGAAAAGUUUGAUCAAUAAAAAAGACAAAAACUAAUAUUUUCAGCUGAACUAAAGACAGACUUUGUGAUUUUUCUGCUCACAUGUUGUGUUGUUGUAAACUCACUCUUUCAAAUAAAUACCCUCCUAAUCCCCUGGAAA